AUGGGCUCGAUUGCUUUGCUUGUGCUUUUGUGUUCGUGGGCGUUGGCAGCAACUACGGUAGAUGAUGGAAUGGAGUUGCUACUCGUACAAGUGAUAUGGCGUCAUGGAGACCGAUCACCCACGAAAACAUUUCCGACAGAUCCGUUCCAGGAUGGCAAUUGGACAUUCGGCGGUGGAGGUUUUGGGCAACUCUCCCCUAUCUAUGUUCGCUCGACGGACAAAAAUCGAACCAUAAUAUCGGCUAUGUCGAACCUUCUCGGCAUGUAUAGUCAGAAUAACAGCAAUGCUAUCGCUGAUUCGGAUUAUCCUGCUGUUGAUGGAUGGCCUACAGGUUUUGUUCCUGUAGCCAUUCAUACAGUUGACGCCACCACUGACUAUGUUGGAAUUGUAGACGUUGCCUGCGACCGCCAAACCCAUUUAUGGGAAAUGGCCAAAAGCUCUCCUGAACUUCAGGAAUUCCAAAACCGGCCAGAUAUCUAUGUUCGCUCGACGGACAAAAAUCGAACCAUAAUAUCGGCUAUGUCGAACCUUCUCGGCAUGUAUAGUCAGAAUAACAGCAAUGCUAUCGCUGAUUCGGAUUAUCCUGCUGUUGAUGGAUGGCCUACAGGUUUUGUUCCUGUAGCCAUUCAUACAGUUGACGCCACCACUGACUAUGUUGGAAUUGUAGACGUUGCCUGCGACCGCCAAACCCAUUUAUGGGAAAUGGCCAAAAGCUCUCCUGAACUUCAGGAAUUCCAAAACCGGCCAGAUGUUGUUGAUUUGCUGACAAAUUUGACCGAAUUUUGCGGUGAACCAGUUACUAUCGAUAAUGUGGGAAUCAUACAGGAUGCUUUGUUCAUAGAACUGCUUUUAGAUGGAACCCUUGUGAUGAAUAAUCUUGAUAUCGGAAACGAGAUACAGAAAAUACGCGGUGGAUCGAUGAUCAACGACAUUAACAUGCACAUGAAUAUAAAACUACAAUGCUUGAAUGAAUCUGGGUCUGACUGCAAGUGGAUCAAUGGUUUGAAGUACUAUGCCUAUUCAGCGCAUGACAGCACAAUUUAUGCCUUCUUUUCCAUACUGGGUAUAGAGACCAAAGUUAUUACGACGCAUGGAUAUCCGGAUUACUCAGCGGCGGUAUUUAUUGAACUAUGGAGAAAUCGCACUGAUGGACAACCUUACUUCAAGCUCACUUACUACCAAAAUGAAAGAAAUGCUACAUUCUACCCAAUCACCGACUUUAUUGAUCUUUGUGAAGGACAAUCUUUCUGUGGUUUGGACAAGUUCCAAGCAUUUGCGGACAAAACAAGACCAGACCAACCGAUGAGCGUGUGGUGCAACGUUGAUCCUCGUCCUACUGGCUCACGAUCGGCACGGUCCAUAUCUUCAUCGCGUUCGACAGGGAUCCUUUUCCUGAUAGGUAUUCAAACUCAGACCACUCUCAUGACGACAAUCUUCGCAUGGAUGAACAGCUGA